UUGUCUGUUGGCAGGUUGAAUCUUUGUAACGGCAUUGCUUAAUGUUGUGACUGGUAAGUGGAGCUGUUCUUUCUGCUCCCAGUAGUCCUUACCCUAAAGGUAGGAUAUACACGUAUGUAACUGCAGUGCAAAACUACAUACCUUCCUAUCUAUUUCAGCCUCUUAAAUGUUGUUUUAUUUAUGUAUUUUCGUUCUGGGGAAAUCUAGAGCGGAGUCGUGCAACACAGCCAAGCACACAAAGAUGGACUUUAACCGACCACAAGGCCAUUCUGUUCCCCCUCCCUUUUCUACUGGCCUGAACAAUCAUUCAUCCACUUUCUUUACUGCUUGUCCUCAUGUGGGUCGCGUGGGGGGGAAUCCUCUUGGCGCAUCAUUUUAUUGAACAGCUAAUAUAUACCAACUUACCUUAAUGAGAAACAUGCUGUUUUUGAAAGGGCAAAUGUUUGUGGAGGUUUUUUCCCAGAACACUGAAUUACUUCUGCUUGCUUGAAAUUGCUAAACGGAUUAAAUUACACUGAUCUUCAAAAGAAGAAUCGACACCGCCGACUACCUCGGGCUUGAACUACUUACUGAAGUGGCUGGCCAGUAUGUGAAGUGAAGCCUGGAUAACAUCUCUGGAAUCUCAUGAUGCCGGUCGACUUUGGUCAACUGACAAAAAUAUUUCCCAUUAAGAUCAACUAAAGUUGGAAUCAUUUGUUCUAGAGUUGGGCAGCAAAGCAGUGUUUUGGUUAGCACACGUGUCUCUGUGUUCUGGGUUCAAGUCUCGGCCUGUGUGGCCUUUGCAUGUUCUACCCAUGUUUGCAUACUGUUUUUCUUUUCCAAAACAUUGUUACUGAGGCGAUAAUCUGGGCUAGUUUGUGUAAGUGGAAAACCUUUAAUAAGAUGGCGCGCCGGUCAGAGCACAGACGCGAAGAGACUGGACUCCAAUGUACACUUUAUCGCCAAAAGUAUUCGCUCACCUGCGUUGCCUCAUAUGAUUUGAAGUGAUAUCCCAUUCUAAAUCCAUAUGGUGUUGGUCUACCCUUUGCAGCUAUAACAGCUUCAAGUCUUUCAGCAAGGUUGAUGGGGAUUUUUGCCCAUUGUUCCAGGAGCAUAUUUGUGAGGGGCAAGACGUGGCAGAGGCCACACUGAUGUUGGAAAAGAAGCCCCAUGGCUCAAAGUUAACUUUUUAAACAGUUUCAUUUUAUAAUUUUUGCUUGCCCUGUUCGGUCAAAUGCACUCAAAUGUUUGCUAUAUCCCACGGUUCGGUUUUAUCACGAUAUUAAUCUCACAGUACGAUAAUUAUUCCGGUAUUGUUGGAAAGCUCUCGGUAUCGCAGGAAGGUUGACGGUACAGGUGGGGUGAAGAUGUGAAAGCAGGAAUACCGAAAAACCUCUUUUUCUUUCUCAAUAGGCUUUAGUAGUUUCUGUGCGUUUCCCCACAGGUUUUUGUGAAAAAUACAUCUUCACAUCAUAUAUUAUUGUGCACUUUUAUCCCCGUCCAAUCCAAUGUUUACAUUCAUAUACAGUACCUCCAAACACCUAUUGCUGCAGCAAUAAUCAUGCCAUGCUCACAAUAACAAAACUGAAAUUGUCUGUUCACUAAUUGAACAGAAUUUAUUUAUUUAUUUAUUUUUUUAAAGUUAGAACAUUAGACAUUUCUGUUAUUCUAACUAACAUGAAAAAUGACUGCCUACUAAUAGUGAUUUAUUUGCUUGAGUCCAAAAAUUCAAGUCAAGUUAGAGAGGCAGGAACAGUUUUAAAGGCAGGAUUAGAAAGAGCCAAGUAACAAUAAAUAAAAUAAUCAUGGGACUCUUACGUAGUUUCUUUUCCUCCGCUUAGUGAUAUUGUAAAAUUAUUAUUUUUCUGAGCAGCCUCUGUGACGUUAUGAGCGGAAACGGAACCGCUGAAGCGUUCUGUCACUCACUUAUGAGUCUUCAGGGAAUGACCAAUGAGCAGCCAGCCUGCAGGCGGGGCGGGACUUCAUUGGAUGAAGCAGCCGUUUCUUCAAGCUAACGGCUAAAGGUGUAGCCCCCCCCUCACGCCCGAAGAUAGCUGGGAUAGGCUCCAGCACGCCCGCGACCCUAGUGAGGAUAAGCGGUACAGAAAAUGGAUGGAUGGAUGGAUGAGACAAGGGUCAAGCAGGGUCAAGGAAGCACUGGGAUUGGUACAGCCGGGAUCGCAGUGCAGGUAGUGGGCAGUAACUGGCCAAAGCCACACUAUACACUACUCAUCACUGGAUUGUGCCGCUUUAGCGUGUCAAGCCUGUUGACGGAACGGCCCUUUGUUUUGGCAGAGGUGGAGCAUUUGGAUAAACUGGAGCAUUACACCACCCCGGCAGACGGUGUCACAGCAGAAGAUGGAGAGCUGCAGGAGUUGUCCCAAAAAUUCUACCAGACAGCUCUACAGUUGUUGGGUAUGCUGGACAUGUCUGUUCCAGUAGUGGCCAAAUUCAGACGUCUUUUGGACAGCCUUCCCAAGGAAACUCUGCCUGAUGUUGUCGCUUCCAUGAUCCGCACCUCAAACAAGGAGAAAUUACAGGUCCUGGAUGCCGUUAGCUUGGAGGAGCGUUUUAAGAAAACAUUGCCCAUGCUGACCAGACAGAUAGAAGGACUUAAACUGCUGCAGAAAACAAGGAGAAUGAUGCCUGGCCCAGAAAAGAAGGUGCGCAAAGGGGGGGUGUUUCCAGGCCGUCAUUUCAAUCUGAACGAGGAAGAUGAGGACGAGGAUGGGGAUGAUGCACCCACCCUGGAGAAGAAAGUUCAUGGGGCUAACAUGCCAGACGCAGCUCUCAGAGUUUGCUUAAAAGAGCUCAAAAGAUUGAAGAAGAUGCCGCAGUCCAUGCCUGAAUAUGCCCUCACUAGAAACUACUUGGACUUGAUGGUAGAGCUUCCAUGGAACAAAAGCACCAAAGACUGCUUGGAUAUUCGAGCUGCCCGAUUAUUGUUGGAUAAUGACCAUUAUGCAAUGGACAAGCUGAAAAGACGAGUGCUGGAGUACCUGGCUGUCAGACAACUGAGAGCUUCACUGAAGGGCCCAAUCCUGUGCUUUGUGGGACCACCUGGAGUCGGUAAGACCAGUGUGGGGCGCUCCAUCGCCAAGACUCUAGGCAGAGAAUUCCACCGCAUUGCUCUUGGGGGUGUUUGCGACCAGUCGGACAUCCGAGGACACAGACGUACUUAUGUAGGCAGCAUGCCCGGCCGCAUCAUCAAUGGUUUGAAGACCGUGGGGGUCAAUAAUCCAGUUUUCCUCCUGGAUGAAGUGGACAAACUGGCAAAGAGCCUGCAAGGAGACCCUGCAGCUGCACUGCUGGAGGUGCUCGACCCGGAGCAGAACCACAGCUUCACAGACCACUAUCUCAACGUGGCCUUCGAUCUCUCUCAAGUCCUCUUCAUCGCCACAGCCAACACCACAGCGACUAUCCCCCCCGCCCUGCUGGACAGAAUGGAGGUGCUGCAAGUGCCCGGUUACACGCAGGAGGAGAAGGUGGAGAUAAGUCACCGGCACCUGAUCGCUAACCAAAUGGAGCAGCACGGAUUAUCACCGCAACAACUGCAUAUACCCCCAGAUACCACCAAGGACAUUAUAAACAGGUACACGCGUGAGGCCGGUGUGCGCUCGCUGGAGAGGAAGAUUGGAGCCAUCUGCCGAGCUGUCGCCGUGAAAAUCGCUGAAGCCCAAACAGAUUCCAAGACUGAAGAGUUGACUCCUGAGGGUCACACAGAGCAGGGAGAGAAGGCAGCCCCCCCCGCGAUGCCGAUCGUGAUCGACCACAGGGCCCUAAAAGACAUCCUGGGAACUCCCCCCUUCGAUAUGGAGGUGUCGGAGCGGCUUACUCUACCCGGCGUGGCCCUGGGCUUGGCUUGGACCCCUCUGGGCGGCGAGAUCAUGUUCGUGGAGGCCAGUCGAAUGGAGGGUGAAGGUCAGCUGACUCUUACAGGUCAGCUGGGCGACAUCAUGAAAGAAUCAGCACAUCUGUCCAUCAGCUGGCUGAGAGCCAACGCUAAACGCUACCAGCUCACUAACAUGGUGGGGGGUCCGGAUCCUUUGGAAGGGACAGAUAUCCAUCUUCACUUCCCUGCCGGAGCUGUGACCAAGGAUGGUCCUUCUGCUGGUGUUACCAUAGUAACCUGCCUGGCCUCUCUGUUCAGUGGACGAUUGGUCCGAUCCGACGUCGCCAUGACUGGAGAGAUCACGCUGAGAGGCCUGGUUCUUCCGGUGGGCGGUAUCAAAGACAAGGUGCUGGCGGCCCACCGGGCGGGGGUCAAGCGAGUCAUUGUGCCCAAACGCAACGAGAAGGACCUGGAGGAGCUUCCGGCAAACGUGCGAGACGACCUGGACUUCGUCACCGCCGCCGACCUGGACCAGGUGCUGAACGCCGCCUUCGACGGGGGCUUCCCCGGGGCGGCACGUAUGCAAGAACACCCGCAGAUCAGCAGCAAGCUGUAAGCGUGUGACCCUGUAGGCCGUGAUUAAGGGUUGCGCCUCCGGCACGUGUGUGUCCGCUGCACGUGGCAAAUACAUGAAUCUUCACUCAAAGUGUUUGAAGUGGAGAGUAUCAAGAGUUGCCUCCAAGACUUGAAAUGCCUUGGUGGUCUUUUUGGGCGCUUAUGUUUUUUUCCAUCAACUGGUUCAUUUUCAUGAAACAAGCUAAUUUCACAAUAAAAGAGGGUGUGCGAACCGUACUUUAAUUCUUGAUCCUGUGGGUAGUUUUACACAAUAAUGUCACAGACAUGUUAUGAUGACACCUGGGGCCUCAUGUACAAAGACUUGCGUGAAAACAUGGCGUACGCUCAAAUCCAGAAAACGUCGUACGCACAAAAAUAUUCAGAUGUAUGAAACUGCGUACUCAUGAAUCCAAGCACAUUUCCUUCGUACAUUCCAAUCAGCGUGGAAAUGAGCGCACAUACUGGAGUAGCUGACCCCUCCCUGUCCACGCCCACAUUUAAAUAUGCAAAUCACAUUUAAAUGAACCCUGCACCUGAGAUGCCGAUCUCUACGUGAGCAGAAAAAAAGGAAAAUGCUGUGGAGACGGAAUAGCGCGCACACGCUGAACGAAAAAAGAAGUGGUCAGACAUUAAGGUGGAUGUGAAGCGGAGGACGGCUGCCCACCGCCAAAGUGUGGCCAAAACAGGCGGAAGAACCGGCGCGGAGGGCCUCACCCCGUUCGAGGAGAGAAUCGCUGCGAUCGUGGGUGACGCUGCUCUCUCAGGGGUGAUGGGAGGACAUGUGACUGACUCUGUUCACCCCACAAGGUUAAUAUCAUGCAUCUUUAUGACUCAUAACAAAUGUGUUCAUACAGUAACCUACACUCAGCCCUGUGAGAUAAAGGUUCAUGCGUAAAUGUUGUAUGUGUGGUAUUUGUAAUAAAUCUUUUGAAUUCGAAUAGAAGCACAUCAGCAUAUCAAAGAGGAUAUAAAAAAAACUUUGACUCCUU